UUUCAAGAUGGCGGCCCUCAAUGUGCUUGUGUAUCCCUGUGGACGGCUGCUCCGAGGGCUCCUGACUGGCCCAGUCGCUACAUGCUGGACUCGGCCUCCAGCCCGCGGGUUCAGGGAAGUGGUGGAGAUCCAAGAAGGGAAGACAACUAUAAUUGAAGGCCGCAUGACAGAGACCCCCAAGGAAAGUCCAAACCCCCCUAACCCCACUGGCCAGUGCCCCAUCUGCCGGUGGAACCUGAAACACAAGUAUGGCUAUGAGGAUGUUCUGCUGCUCAGUCAGUUCAUCCGGCCUUGCGGGGGCAUGCUGCCUCGAAGGAUCACAGGCCUGUGCCAGGAGGAGCACCGCAAGGUUGAGGAGUGUGUGAAGAUGGCACACCGAGCAGGUCUGCUCCCAAAUCACAGGCCUCGGCUUCCUGAAGGAUUUGUUCCGAAGAGCAAACCACAGCUCAACCGGUACCUGACCCGCUGGUCUCCCCGCUCUGUCAAGCCCAUCUAUAAUAAAGGCCACCGCUGGAACAAAGUGCGCAUGGCUGUGGGGUCACCCCUCCUGAAAGACAACAUCUCCUACUCAAGAAAGCCUUUGGUGCUGUAUCACUGACGGGGGGCAGAGCUGCCUAAGAACGUGACCAGAGUUCCUGCACUCCGGCCCCAUGCCACAGGGUGGCCCAGCUCCUCCAGCAGGCACAGGAGGCACUGGGACCAACUUCAGGGCCCUCACCCUGCCCAGUGACAGCACUGGGAGGGUGGCUGGGUCCCUGAGCAACAGUUGUGGUCUUGUAACUGGCUUGGGCCAUGCUUAGUGCUGGGGGCCGAGAGUUCUCCCUAAAGGAAUACCAUAAAGCCAGGCUCAUGGACUCCA